AAAAUCAUUAACCCAAAGAAAAAGAAAGAGAUAGGAACGAAAGAGAAAGGCCAAAAUUUCAUGGAAGCCUAUACGAUAAUUUUUCUCCAAAAUUAUUCCUUAAAAUUCGGAAAACUGAAAAUCAUCAAAACUAAAAGUGUUAAACCUUGAACCAGACUUCGUUGUUAAUGAUCUUUGGUCCACAGAGUCUUCCCCUUUUCGCGUACCUUCCAAGCGCUUUUGAGCCCUAGAGGCCAUAUAGGAAAAUGGCUAGAAUAGUGAGGAGCUGUGUACAAUCGAUACUGAAGCUGGUGAACUCAUUGAUAGCGAUGGUUGGGAUGGCCAUGGUUUUGUAUGCUAUUUGGAUGAUUAAGGUUUGGCAGAGGCACAUGGAUGAGUUGGCCUUUGGUGGGUCUGAUUAUCCAGCUCCAUGGUUCAUGUACGCUUUUCUUGGCCUUGGGAUCACUUUAUGUGUGAUCACAUGCACAGGUCAUGUUGCUGCAGAGACUGCAAAUGGUUGUUGCCUUUAUUUGUAUAUGCUGUUUGUCUUCCUGCUCCUCAUACUGGAGGCUGGAGUGACUGCUGAUGUAUUUCUAAACCGAAACUGGGAGGAGGACUUUCCAGAGGAUCCCAGUGGGAGUUUUACUCAGUUCAAAGAUUUUGUCAAAUCUAAUUUUGAGAUCUGCAAGUGGAUAGGCUUGACCAUUGUAUCUAUCCAGGGACUGUCUCUAUUAUUGGCAAUGAUUCUCAAAGCUCUUGGGCCACAUCAAUACUAUGACAGUGAUGAUGACUAUGCUCCUGAUAGAGUUGCCCUCCUUAUGAAUGCUGCUCAGCCACCUCCUUAUGUUGUUGGUGACCCUGUUUAUGGAUCAAAAAAUGCAUGGAAUGUAAGAAUUACUGAGAAGACAAACAAGUAACUGGAUUCACAUCAGAAAGAAGCUGAGUUAUGGAUGGAUAGCAAGUUUAGGGGUGCGAAAAGUUGUUAUCUAAUGUUCAUUAACGCACUCGAGGCACGGAAAGAACAGAAAAGCUCCAGAUGUACUUUCAGAGGAAUUGGUGGUGAUGGCAUGUACAUGUUGCAAUAAACUCCAAUGUUUAUAGCCCAAAACCUCAUGAGAAUGACACUAUAUCAUAUGGUUUGUCUUUUUGAUCUCAAGCAUAUAGUCAGUAUACAAAUUCUGUUUUUUCUUUUUUUUCUUUUUGUCAAAAUUUGUUUGUUUUACUGGGGAAAUGUCCCAAUUGUUUGGUUCUUCUCUUACAUUGUUUUAACAAAUAAUUUAUCCAAUAGGAGAAAGUAUCCCAUGUUCUUUUA